GAGCAGCUGCAACAAAACACUUGGUAGGCCUCGGGAGACAGGGCUCUCUGCUGUUGCGUCAAUAUUUACAAACAGACGGGCGUCAUUAACCGCUUUAAGUCGACUUUGAAGGACAGCGACGGUCCUAAUUUGUUUUAUUAGGAUCAACAGGCGUCUGGAGAAUAUGAAAAGAAGCUCGCGCGUGAUACCUGCGAACUAGCCCGCUAGCCAAAGUUAGCGGACUGGACUGUGCUCGGGUUGGGAAACUUUUUAUAUUGCAGUAAAAACAAAGAAAAGCCCGUUGAGCCCAAAGCAACGCUAUUCCGGUCAAAUACAGCAGAUAAAUUAUGUACAUGUGAGAAAAAUAUUUAAUGACGGAUGAUAAUGGGUUUUGGAUUAUGCAGAAGAUCACGUGUAGUCUUUGCGUCGUUGUUAGUGUUUAAAGGUUGUCGCUUGAGCUGUAUUGUGUUCAAGUAAAAGGCAUGCAAACUUAUCUGAUAUGCUUUUAUUUUUACAAUAAAGUGAUGAUUAGUCCAGAGACAUGGGCCGCGGGCGGAGGCAAAUGCUGGAAACCACAGUCUAAACUUUGUUCCCAUAAAAACUCUUGGCUAAUUUGCAAGUGAUGCACGGACUCCAGUUGAGCUGUACUCGGCCAUGGAAAAAAGAGAGGAAAAGGAGCUGGACGAGCUCACCCUCCGCUUGCAGAGGGACGGCGUGUCCCCUGAGGCUCCAGCAGAGGAGCGCGAGCAGCACCUGUGGUGUUUGCUCCAGCGCAGCGAGGGCAGCCUGACCGCAGCCACUGAAGACCUGCAGACCUUACGCACACAGCAGGCCAGCGAGAUGAGAGAGGUGGAAAAUUACGUGGAGCAUAUUCGAAACAUGCUGGAGGAGCGGGAAUCUCUUACAGCGGAGUACGAACGUGACAACGAACAGCUCCGCGCUGAGCUCGCCCUAAUGAAACACCAACAGGACUCCCAGUGUAAGGAGAUGGUGGAGAUGCUAGAGCAGGAGGGUCUAGCAGAGAUCAGUCAGAGCAGUGCCAGUGAGCAGGUGGCCUAUCUGCUGGUGGAGAGAGUCACUCUCCUGGAGAGACUGGAGGCUGCAGAAAGAAAACUGGACACCCAGACCCUCACUGGCAACCUCAGAGAGGUGCAUCUGCAGGAGGAGCUGGAUCAUAUGCGUCACACAUUGGAAGAGGAACUCAGGCAUCAAAAGGAAAACAUGAAUAAGGAAUCGUCAGUUCAAAGUCCUUGGAGCAAGUUCUUUGGUGUGCGCAAGGCUACACUAAGAGCACACAACCUUCCUGGCCACAGUGAGGAACUCGGUAGAGAACGCACAGAGCGGCAGAGGCUGGAGAGGGAUCUGGAAGAGGCAUCGAGUCGUCUUGCUAUGGCACAUAAAGAGAUUCGGCACCUGACGGAUGAACUAGAUCUCGCUCGUAAGGUCCAAAACUUGUGUGUACCUGACCUUCAGAAAACAGGAGAGGAAGUGGAGCAGUUGAAACAGGAAGUGGACAAACUUAAACAGUGUGAUAUGGUGGAGCUGCAGAAGGCCAAGGAACGAAAUGAAAGACUGGAUAAUGAGAUUUGUGUGCUGAGGGAUAGAGUUCGUUCCCUAGACACGGAGAGGAAAACUCUUCUUAAACUGGUUGAACAAUCAACCCCGCACUUGGAUCGAGGGAUCAGCGAUACUUUAGAACACAAUAAAAUACACUCUACACAGGGUGUUGGAAAUAAUGCCAAUCCUGAUCCAUCACUGGAUGUAGAGGAUGAGAUACUCCACAAAAGGUGUCGGAGAGUGUCUGAAGAUAAGGACAGCCGUCUGCGAGAGCUGGAGAGGAGGUUGCAGAAGCAGCAGCGGGAGCAUGAGGAGCUGGUGGAGAGGAAUGAGGAGCUGGAGGCCCUGCUGGGGGAGGCACAGAACGCAGCAAAAGACGAGCGGGAACGACAUGAGUGUGAGGUCGAGGGGUUACAGAGAAAGAUUAAAAGUAUCGAGGAAGAACUGAGUAAGAAAAAUAGUAAGAAACCUGAGAAGAAAGAUGAAGAUCAGGUUCGUGGGACUGACUCUGAGCUAAGCAAGAGCAUUCAAGAAAGACUUAAGUUCCUCGAGGGACGUCUUGCUGAAGAAAAAGGUUGGAGGAAACAGCUGGAGGUGGACCUAUCUGUGGCCAAGGCUGCUGUCAAAACAGAAAAAGAGGUCAUGCAAAGAGAUCAUGAGGAACUUAAGAAAUUGCGUGUGGAGGUUCAGAGACUAGAGGUAGAAUGUCGACAAGGAAAGGCACUUAACAAGAACCUCACGCAGAUAAAAGGAGAAAAGGGAAUUUUGGAAGAAAAGGUGGCCCAAUUGGAGCGUGCUCAGACACGACUCCAGGACAACUUGACUCUUCAUACAGAGAACAGCCGUGCCGAAGAGGACCUGAGAGACAGCAGGGGACAGGUGGCAGAGCUUAAUUCUAUGGUGGACAAGCUGAGAACAGAACUGACUCGACUGGAGAAGGAGCACAACACUCUAAGGGAUGAGCUGAUGGAGAAACGUAGGCAUGUGAUGCAGCUACAGAAGGAGCUCAGCGAGAAAGCCCACGAGAGGCUUCAGACUGACGGCGAGAGGGAGAGACUCAGUCUGGAGCUUCUUCAUGUCAAACAGCAACUCCAGAAUGCUAGAGAACACUUGCCCAGAGCAUUACAGGAGCACACAGCCAGCCACAAGCCUACAGUAGAGGAUGAUGGCCAUUGCCAGCUGGCCUGUGUGAAGUCAGAGAUGAGUAAGCUGCACUCCACCCUGGAGGAGGAGAGACAGCUGGCCGGCCAACACCAGCUGGCCCUGCAGGCCCAGAUCAGUGAGGCUCAGGCCCGGGCUAAGGCUCAAGAUUCACUCUUACAACAGAAGGGAGAGGAGAACAAACAGCUGAGGCAGGACCUUCAGAGAACCCAGAAUCUUUUCACCUCUGCAGAGCGAGAGCUGCGCUAUGAGAGAGAGAAAAACCUAGACCUUAAGAGACACAAUGCAUUGCUAGACCAGGAGAAGAUCAAGCUUUGUGCAGAGCUGAAGCAGGCCCAGGCCAAAGUAGCCCAGCUGGAGGGGAGCGCAGCAGGACAGCUGGUAGAGCUGGAGAGACUCCAGCAGAGGGUCAGAGAUCUGGAGCUAGAGGUGGCCAGAAGUACUCAGAACCGACACACUAACAGCAGCUUGAUGGAGGAGCUUAAUUCAGAGAGAGCACGUGUGAUCGCUGCUGACAAGAAGGUUGUAGAACUGCAGCAGCAAUUGAAGAACACGCUGCAUCAGCUGCGUCUGGAGGAGGCCAGAGCGGGAGAGACCAGCAAACUGGAGAGAGACACCAGAGACAUGUCUGAUAACCUUUCUGCCCUCCGAGCCCGACUGCAAGAUGAGCAGUUACAGAGGAAAUUACUUGAGCAAAAAGACGAGGAGCUCCAGCAGCAGGUGCGCUCAUUGCGGGCAAAGGAGGCGACUUUGACACGCAACAACUCAGAGAUGUCUCACCGCAACCAAGAACUGGAGACGCGGCUGCAGGUGCUGGAGAGUGAACUGAACACAGCUAGAGAAGAGCAGAGAAGCAGUCAGAAGAGCUGCCAUAAGCUGGAAGAACAGCUUCUAUCUUCCCAGCAUGAGUCUGAGAGGCUGCAGGAGGAACUGAAGCUGGUUGUUCAGCAGCUUGACACAAACAUCCGGAGAUACAGUGAUAAACAGUCUCAGCACAAAACCAAGUUGCGCAGAGCUAAACAGAUCUUCAUGAAGACGGUCACUCAACAUGAGCACAGGAUCCACCAACUAGAGAACGAUCUGGCUCUUGCUACAAGUCUCUCAGAGAAAGAGAAGGACUGGAUUAGGACUGUGACAGAAGAAAAUGACCAGCUCCUCCUGGAGAGACGAGAACUUCUGCAGCGAAUAAGUGAAGCUGAGGAGAUGGGAAAUAAUGGACUGAGAACUGCCUCUACUAUCCAGCAGAGAGUUAAAUUUCUGGAGAUGGAGAAUAAACAGUUGCAAGAAAAAACUCUAACACUGGCCAAUCAGAUAGGAAUUUUGGAUCGUGCAUUAAGAAACCUUCAGUCACUGUGUACUGUUGAGGAGGUCAAGAAAAUAUUUCCUUCUGGAGCUCAUGUUGAUAGCCAGCUGAGGACAUCAACUCCAAGUCCCCAGCCUGGGUUCGGUGACUCAUGGGGAAUAUUGGAUGCCAUUCGCAAAGUCAAAGUGGGUGAGCCCGGAGUGAAGAGCCUGGAGAUCACCUCAUCUCUGCCCUUUUCGCAGUCCACUGAGAUAGGCUACCUGAACGUGACCUCACCUGUGGCUCCCAGCAGCAGGUUAGAGCAGGAAGAGAGUCUGAGUGCCACAAGCGAUGAGGCCUGAGCGAGUUACGAUGACUGUGAAAUGCCAUUACAAGGUUUGCCAAUCUGAAAAAAUCACUGGAUCAGUCAAGGCUUAUAAAUAAGUCUACUGUAAAUGGGUAAAUGCAGACAAAUUGGCACAGCGGACAGUCUAUGCUGUGUUUGGACUUCAGUUAAUUUCCUUACACUUUUCCUCAAUUUUGAAGCGAAUGUGAAGAGCUGGAUUUUCGCUCAGGCUCAUAUUACAUGGGUUGAAUUCAGCUACCUUGCCUUUGUGGCUGACAUGGAGUCAGUCUAGAAGGCCUGAGCUUUUAUAUCAUCCACAAGCAUUACGCUUCACUGGAUGCUAUGGUCAGUAGCCUUGUCACAUCUAUAAGGUGCCAUAUGUAUUUUUUUUAUACAUUUACCCUAUAAUGGUACGACUGUGGAGAAGCACUUAAAGCACUAUUAAUUUGAUGUUCAGAUGGUACAAUCUGCAGGUGUUUACAAAAGAAAUGCACUAUUUGCCUUUCAAAAAUGGUAAGAAUUUGAAAUCAAGCGUUUGUAUGUUUUAGUGAGAUUCGGCGUACUAUAAAUAUAUCGGAAGGCUUGCAUGUAUCAGUAGACCAUUUCUCAUUUUCUGUGCUGGUUUGGGUAAAAAAAAAAAAAGCCUGGUUGAAUGUUACAUGGAGCUAAGAUUGCAACACUUUGUAGAUAAAAGCAUGUACGCUACUGUUCAAAGGUUUAGGGUUAGUAUUUUUUAAGUAAUUAAUACUUUUAGUCAAUGAGAGCUCGUUGAAUUGAUCAAAAGAACAUCUCAGAGCUAAUGUACUUUAACCCUGUUGGUUUAACCCCUGAUAGAUGAUAGUAUUGAGUAUAAACACAUAUUCAGAGAUAUUGCCUGUGGCUGUUGCCUUUGAUGAUAUAGAGUGCUUAAUUCUUCUGUCAUAUUUAUUUUUCUGCAAUUUUACAGUAUUGCACACAUUAUAACUAAUCACACACGAUUCUGUUUAGUUAUGAAUGCAACGGCCUAUCAGAGGCAUUCAGAUGAGUCACCGCCGAGGCAGCUUUUGAGUUUCGAUGUAGAUUACGGAUGUACUGAAUGAUAUCUGUUCACUCGCAGAUUCUCUCAUCAUAAGAAGAAGAGAUGUAUUCACCAUAUUCAGCUUCACUGAUUGUAAUGGGAGUCAAGUGAUAUUUUUUGAUAACGUAUCUGCUGUCAUGUCAUCAUGUUAAACACAAAUUCUGUCAUAUUAAAAUAUUUUAUGGCAUCCAUAUGCCACUUAAUUUUAAAAGAUAUGUUAAUAGUUAAUAGAUUACACUAACAUAAGGCUGUCUUUUAGUUUGUUCACUCUCUGGUUAUAUUGUUCAUUGGCAAUCUCACAGGCUGAAAUGAGGAUGAUAUAACUGAAGAUUAUCACUCAAUGUUAUAACAGACAUACACAAAUUUGUUUAAAUAUCUACUUUUUGAAUAGCAGUGUGCAUUUGUAAGACUCACUGUAAAGACAAAUGCUAUAAAGCUUGCUGUAUAUCAUCUUUUCAUUGGAUGAUUGAUCAUCAUCUGUUGUUGCUUAUAACUAUUUUUAGAGAUUACUUAGUGACUGUACUUUACACAUACACUAUAUUUUUUUUCCAUUAAGAAGGCAGUAACCACAGUCAUGAAAUGUCAAAAUAUUUAUUUAGACCUUAUGUAUAGUAUGCCUUACGUACUAAUGUGAGCAAUGCAUUGUGAUUAAUCAUUUAUAAUGGAAAAUGUUGUUCUGCUGGUAUUAAGUUCCACUUAAGAAAACGAUUUGCCUACUGACAAGUAAACAGACACGGUAGCAUUACCAGCAUUAUGGAAUUGCUGUUUACUUAUGAAACGGGGUGCAAUGAGAGUUUUAUAGAUUUGUAUAAUAUUUUGCAAUCCCUUUGUGUUUUUUUACAUAGUCCUCAGAGACUGAAUGACCUGUGAUUUGGGAGCAAAGUCAUCUGACAGCGGAGAACUGUUGUAUCACUUUAAUCCAAGCGCAGAGCCAAAUGACAUCUAAUGGGUGGAGGUUGUCCUAGUUAGGGGAUAGGCUUUGACUAGACGAUCCAGCCCCGCCCACUGUUUCAUGAGAGGAGGAGCUGGAUAUCAAGCUCCGCCCAUUUGCUCUGCGGUGAGCAGCCUCUGUUUUGAACUGUGGCAAAAGGAUCGAGAUCCUGUAGUUGUGCCUGUACAUUAUGAGUGCAUCGUACAUUGUGUCCUGCUGCUAUAUGAUAUUAGGAUGCAACAUUCACAAAAUAUUAACAUAGGGCUCAUGUCAUUUAAACUGCGAAAGACAUCAAUGUACACAAAGCAUGUAUUUUCUUAAUAAACCUAUUUUCAUGA